AUGUGGUGCUUACUCCGAUCCUAUCAAUUCCUCUACCUAGUCUUGUUCUUCCUGUUUAUUCAAGCUAAUCUAUCAUCCUAUUCUCUUUCUUCUCCAACAACUCAACUUUGCUCUCACGAUGAAGCUGUUGCACUAAUCCAAUUCAAGAACUCUGUUUCAGUUAAUCAACUUUAUUCUUAUUCUUCGUAUUGUGAUUAUGCUGGCAUUAUAUCCUAUCCUAAGACAGAUUCAUGGAAGGAAGGUACGGAUUGCUGCUCAUGGGAUGGGGUGACUUGUGAUAAUAUAAAAGGUCAAGUGAUUGGCCUUGACUUGGGUUGCAGUUGGCUAUAUGGCACCAUCCCUUCCAAUAGUACUCUCUUCCAUCUUCCACACCUUCAGAAGCUCAACCUUGCCUUCAACGAUUUUAACUCUUCCAAGAUGUCAUCUAAGUUUUUUGCAGGACAAGUCCCAUCUCAAGUCUCCCACUUGUCAAAAUUGGUUUCAUUUGAUCGCUCUGGGAAUUAUGAUCAAACACUUGAGCAACAUACUUUGGAAGGACUCAUUGUGGUUUGCGAGGAAAAUUCCCGGAAAACAUUUCCCACCCGCCCUAACCUCAAGUUGCUCAAUUUAGGAGAAAACAGAAACCUCAGCCUCAAUCUUCCACAAUUAAAUCGAAGCCGCCAUCUCAAAUUUUUGGAUCUAUCAUCUAUGUCCUUCUCUAGAGAACUGUUUGAAUCGAUUGGCAAUUUAGUAUCUUUGCAGCAUUUGGAUGUAUCAAACGCAUUUUUCUCAGGAGGAGGAUUGCCCAAUUCAAUCGGGAACCUUAUUUCCUUGAACUAUUUGCAUCUCUUCAAUUCCAACUUAUCAGGAUCAAUUCCAAGAUCAUUGGGGAACCUCUCGCAACUCAGUUAUUUGGGCUUGUCAGAGAACUCUUUUAGUGGAUCAAUUCCAUCAUCACUCACAAACCUAAAACAACUUGAAUUUUUCUACAUUUUUGGAAAUAUGCUAGAAGGUUCCAUUCCAAAUGAGGUAAAUGCUUUUCCUAAUCUAAUCUUGCUAGACUUGAGUUCAAAUUUACUUAGUGGAACACUUCCAUCAUGGUUCUAUACCAUUCCCUCUUUGAAGUACAUAUAUCUCUCUGAUAACCAAUUCAGUGGUUAUAUCAAAGAAUUCCAAUACAACUCUCUGGAAUUGAUAGAUUUACAAAAUAAUAAACUCCAAGGUCCUAUUCCAUUUUCAAUAUCCUAA